AUGUCAAACUCAACACCAGUUUUUCAAGAAAUUAUAUCCCAGGAUCAGCUAUGGGUUAUUAAGAACUACUCCUUAGUGUCCUCAUCAAUCUUAUGGAUCAUUGACUUCUUCCAAACCUUGCCAAUGGAGAUCGACAGUGUCUGGUUGAAUAAAAUGAAUGGCACUGCCAUCAUAUUUCUUGUGAACCGCUAUGUGUUUGCACUGUACCUCAUUCUCGGUCUGGCAUAUGGAGUGCCCGGAUCUGCUUCGGAUAAGAGCUGCAACAUAUUAAGAGAGCUGUUCUCAACUCUACAAAAUAUUACACCCAUUACUACUAGUUUGCUGUUUACUCUCAGAGUUUAUGCCAUAUGUGAUAAGAAUAAACUUGUCCUUGGUAUAGCAUCAACUUUAAUUCUCACAAGACUGGGCCUUGACAUCUGGCAAGUCACGCCAAGAAUGUCUGUGGGUGUAUCUAGCAUGGGAACACCAUUUAAAGCAUUUUCAAUGUGUGCAACAUCAAUCAAUGAUCCAUCUGGAUAUGAAACAUCUGCUCUUGUCACUGUGAUUUUGCCGGUGGCAUUUGAUGCCUUUGUGUUUGCCGUUACAGUCUUCAAGGUGUAUCGGCAUGCUUUAGAGAUGCGCAAGUUUGGUCAAAUCAGUGUCACCAAAAUUCUGCUUCGUGACGGUGAGGAUAUUACUUUGAUCACUGUCUUUAUUGUACUUGUGCUUGCAAUGGCUGAAUUGGCUUUGACCUUGGAUUUGUCUCAAGCAUCAACAUCGUUGGAAACUAUGAUGCAAGGAUAUAAUUUCAUCCUCCCAAACCUACUUGUCAAUCACCUCUACCUCAAUAUCCGAGCAUUCAACCGUUCACAUUUCACCGAGCACAAUGAUCUUCCCCAACAUUCAUUUGCUCGAAACCGCUUCCUUGGUAAUAUUGGAGCACCUCUUGAUCCCGACUGGUGGGAUGCUCAGUUUGAUGAAGAUGAUGAGGAGUUAGAUAGUGAAGGGCAACUUGAAGUAAAUCAGGAUGGCUUGAACACAGUAGAAGGGGGUAAUGGCCUAAGCACACUUGUACCAGUGGUUUAUGAUACAGAUGGGACCGGUGACAUUGAAAUGAUCCCUAUUCAGCGAGAGUGA